GCGCCGAGCGCACGCGCUCUGCGGCCCGCUCGCCUCCUCCCCACCUCCGCGCUCCGGUCGCAGGCGCCGCUGGAGGGGGACAGUGGCAGCAGCGCGGAGCUGCGGGCCGGGCAGGCCGGGGAGCCGCCGACAUGGUGUUUUACUUCACCUCCAACGUUGUUCCUUCCGUUUACACCAUUUACAUGGGAAAAGAUAAGUAUGAAAAUGAAGACCUAAUAAAGUACGGCUGGCCUGAAGAUAUCUGGUUUCAUGUGGAUAAACUCUCUUCCGCGCAUGUGUACCUUCGGUUACACAAGGGGCAGACGGUGGAUGACAUUCCUAAAGAAGUUUUGAUAGACUGUGCCCAUCUAGUGAAGGCGAAUAGCAUUCAAGGUUGCAAGAUGAACAAUGUCAAUGUGGUGUACACACCAUGGACUAACCUGAAGAAGACUGCAGACAUGGAUGUGGGGCAGAUCGGCUUUCAUAGGCAGAAGGAUGUGAAAAUGCUGACAGUGGAGAAGAAGGUGAAUGAGAUCCUAAAUCGGCUAGAGAAGACAAAAGUGGAGCGCUUCCCAGACCUGGCUGCUGAGAAGGAAGCCCGGGACAGAGAGGAAAGAAAUGAGAAAAAAGCCCAAAUCCAAGAGAUGAAGCGGAAGGAAAAGGAAGAGAUGAAGAAGAAGAAAGAGCUGGAAGAACUUCGGAGUUACUCAUCAUUAAUGAAGGCUGAGAACAUGUCCUCUAAUCAGGAUGGCAACGAUUCAGAUGACUUUAUGUAAAUAAAGUCUCUCUCCUUUCUCAGUCAUGAGGUGGUUUGGGAUGUCUUAAAUGUGUCACCAUCGCUAAGAAUGCCAAAAAAAACCCGCAAAAAGUGAA